UUGGUAAACAUUAGUUCCGUUGAGUUAACAGUGGUCAAGAGUUAAGCUACUGCACAGUAACAAUAUUGUCAUGCUUACGAUAAUAAGCGCUUUAUAAUACUUAACUAGGAAAACAGCAACCAAAGCUCCAAAUAUACAACGGCAAGGGUGUUGCAUUUGACCUGGCUUCAUCUGAUAGCAACCAGAAUACAAAGAGAAGGGACCUGUUGAGGCUGUCUGAAUAAGAAUAUCUUUGUGCACAGUCGUAAAAAGGAAAACGUUAGAUUUGAUGUUAACAUGUCAGAUCUCACGAUCCACAUUAGCUCAUCGAAUGACACCUCACAAAGAGGUCCUCCAGCAGAAAAGGGGAAGAGGAAAAAGAAGCCAUUCCAUAAAAAAAAGCAGUACUUACAGGCAAAGGGAUACCUGAAAGGUAAACAAAAUCACAACCACUUUAGGAAAGACUGGGGAUACAACCAAACUCACCACCAGAAUGGAGCAGGCCCAAAUAAUCCACAACUUACCACACUCGCACAAAUUAAUAGUUUACCACCUAAUUGUGCCACCACUGUCAGUGCCUCGAAGUCUUCAGCAUCCUCUCACAAUCUCCCGUCAAUGAGCUUCACUGUGAAAAACGAUGGUAGCUAUGUAAAGCCAAAGAACUCUAUGAAUGCAAACAGAGCUGCAGCGGUCCCUGGGCCUUCAGCAUCAGGCAGCCACAAAGCCACAACAGCAUCAGUGGGGAACCCCACAAAAUACCUCGCCAUUGACUGUGAGAUGGUGGGAACGGGACCCAAAGGCAGCAUCAGCCAGCUCGCACGCUGCAGCAUUGUGUCGUACGAUGGAGACGUGAUCUAUGAUAAGUUCAUCAAACCUUCCAUGCCUGUCACUGAUUAUCGCACCAGAUGGAGCGGGAUUCGACCAAGAGACCUCGAGAAGGCCAUGCCUUAUGCAGAAGCCAGGAAGGAGAUUCUGAGGCUGCUCAUGGGGAAGAUCGUUAUUGGCCACGCCAUCCAUAAUGACUUCAAGGCCCUCAGUUAUACCCACCCCUCUGCCAUGACGAGGGACACAUCCCGAAUCUCGCUCCUUAAUCUGAAGGCAGGUUUUGGUGAAAGAGAAUGUGCAUCGCUGAAGAGACUCACCAAAGCCAUCUUCAAUCGGGACAUCCAGAGUGGGAAGAAGGGCCAUUCUUCUGUAGAGGAUGCUCGAGCCACGAUGGACCUUUAUAAGGUGGUGGAAGAGGAAUGGGAGGGAACACUUCUCCUCAAGUAAAUGGACCCUUAAUGCCACGUUCGAUGGAAAACAAAUAAAUAACACCAGUUGA